GAUGCUCUACGCAAGUCUGCAAGAAGCGUUAUUAAAAAAUUAAUUUCAGCUCCAAGUUUUGUUGACGAACCGGAGAACUAGUUUUGAAACAAGCGAACACUUUGUACGACAAAACGUCGGCAAAUUGCCAAGUUAUAUUUUAUUCUACGCGUACGCUACUAUACGGGUUCGUUGUUCGUCGUGCGGUGGAGCGAAGAGAGGCAGCAACCCGCGCUUCGAGAGCAAGGAUUGGCGCAGGCGCAUUGGUGUAUCAAUGUCGGCCGUGCCUCGUCGAUAUUUUCGCCAAAUUACGCUUCGCAGUUUCAUUGAAAAUCUGCCGAAUCGACCGAGAUCAGCGGAUAAAAGUGCGGAAAGGUCGAUUGGAAGUGUUACGCCUUCAGGAUCGAAGACUAGUCCAGUGACGCGAGGCAAUGGAGGAAGAAAAUCGAGAGAAAGAGGCGAGUUUAAUCUUGCACUCGAUGCUGACCACGAGGCGAGAGCAGCAGCUUCAGCCUCAGGUUGUGCCCUUGGAAUGCGAGGCCUCCAGCAGCACCAACGACCAGCAACUGGCAGCAAUGGCUGGGGCUGAAGACGAGGACGACGACGUCAACGUCAUGGAGACAGAUGACGAUGAUUUCGUCGUGUCUGCCGCUAAGGAUACUGAGAGCGACGACGAGAGAAAAGAACAAGCCAAGAUUAAUAGCAAAAAAGGACUGAGAAAGAAAAGGAAAAUUUCUGACUACGUCGCCCAGGGCAUCGAUCCUACUAAGCUGGAAGACAAUGUCGACGAGGUUGUGAGCAGAUUCAAUCUUGGCUGCGAGUGCGUCGAGUCGAACUGCUUUAAAAACCUGAACGCCGAGCUGGUCUACAAGCACAGACUGAACAUCGCAGAACUGACCAAAGCCGAGCAAGACAUGUACCUAAUGGGCGUCACGAUGGCCAGUCUCACAAACCCUGAGACGACGGCCAAGCUGAAGGAGCGCCAGAGACUCAGGGCGCAGUACGUUUACCAGGGACGGAAGGUGUGUUUGGACGCCUUUCUUUACUUGGAGAACUGCACCCACUACCAGCUGAAGAGGAUCAGGAAGCACGUGAUGACGCAUGGAGUUGUGCCAAGAACCCAUGGAAAUUUAGGUAAAAAACCACACAACACUUUCUCCCUGGAAAUCUACCGGCACGCAAACGAUUUUAUUGAGAGUUACAUUGAGCCGUAUUCAAUACAAACAAACACUCAAAGCAAGUCAAAGAAUGCAAAAAAGAAAAUCACCAUCACCCUACCUCAGAGGAUCACCAGGAAAACUUUGCAUAACGAGUACAAGGAGUACUGCGAAAAGCUGAGCACCAACUCGAAGACGAUGGGUUACUCUUCCUUCCGGCACUUUAUCAGCGAGCAAUUCCCCAACAUCCGUUUUGUAAAGAACGACGUGGGCGUGCCAAAGCCUGCUAACCUGGAGUUGUACGAGCCGAAAGUGAUCGAGACCGAGGAGCAACCUCAGCAUCCACCGCCACACCCAAGCAGCAUGCCGGCCCCUGAGCCGGCCCAAAAGGAGCUGCGGCAGGAGGAGACCCUGGUGCUGCCGCAGGUGUCGACAGCCCAGCUGCUGGGCACGCAGCAGGCGGUGGCUCACCCGACCAUCAUCAUGGACGGCGGCACCAACACCACCUUCACGACGCCCGCCGGCAACACCUAUGUCAUCACGCAGGUGCUGCCCACCAGCUUCUGCCAGGUGCCGGCCACCUUCCAGACAGUCAGUAUCGCUGCUGACAGCCAGACCGUUCAGCCGACCACCUUCACCUUCACAACUACUUAAAUGUGUAGAUUGAAAAUGAAAAUUAAUCAGCAGCAAGCUACCUCAACACCUCAAGCGAAAUAUUUCAGAUUGAUAGAGAAUCAGACCAAGCCUUUUUACUUUUAAAAAAAGAAUUGACCAAAGCUAAAAUAUAGAAUAUAGCCUAGAUAAUCUUGGUUCCAAAUUUGUGUUUGUUUUUAUUUACUGUCUAUUGAGAUUCAAGAUUCUGAAUUUCCCUUGAUGAGCAGAUUCCAUUUAGAAUCACAACCAAAGUGGAUAUUUUCAUGAAAUUUUUAAAAAUUUAUCCUCUGUUGUAGUAAUCUGUUCCAAAGACAGGAAAUUGAUAAUGAACUGCUAGUAAAUGUAUAUAAUAGUUGUAGGUAAAUUUUUGCAUUGGCUUUUGUUUAUUGGUUAAUGCAACUUAUCUGUGAGUUAAAUAAGAUUGAAUUCUGUGACUUAAACAUUUGAAUCAGUACAUGCAGGCACAGCUUCCAAAGAUGUUUGUACUUCUAACUGUCCCUUAUACUUUAAAUGAUCUCUAUUUUUGUAAAAAUUGGUACAAAUAAAAAGUUCAGAA